GUUGUCGUCAUCGGCCCGCGCCGGAAAGGAGCAGGAUGCUGAGCCGCCUGCAGGAGCUGCGCAAGGAGGAGGAGACGCUGCUGCGGGUCAAGGCGGCGCUCCACGACCAGCUCCACCGCCUCAAGGUGGAAGAGCUGGCGCUGCAAUCCAUGAUCAAGGAAAACGAGGGGACGGUGCCGGUCUCAUCCGCUGCCGAAAUGGAGGAGGAACAAAACAUGGACAACGAAGAAGCGAUCAACCAGACUAAACUCCAGCUCCAGAUGUGUGUCAGUGAAGAGGAGGAAGAGGAGGAGGAGGAAGAAGAAUCGGAUUCCUAAAGCGGGACACACAGCCUCUUUUCUCAGGAAACUCCCUGCCCACCGUUCAAGGAGAAACAUUGUCCCCCAACCUUUGCUGCAAAGAGGAAGCAGCACUUGGUUUCAGUGAGGCUUCCGGAGGUGGCCACAAAACCGUGGAUCUGAGCCGGGGGGCUUGCGCCAUGGACGCAGCAAUGCCAAUGUAGCACAAUUUCCUUUUCCAAAACACACGCAACACUCAUUUUGAGCCGAGUAGCAUUUGGGAGAUGCCACACGCACCGCUCUCACAGCAAUAACUGAGCCUCGAAGCAUCCGCUGCUGCUAAAAUAUAUAUAUCUAUAGGGUCUCAAAGCCCACAUUGAAAUGCCUCCAGCCCAAGUAGAUCAACCCAAAAGUGGUUUGGGGCCCUUUGCAUGUAGCCCUUGGGCCGCUCAUGGAACCACUCCGGAAGCGGGGAGAUGCCUCGAUUCUAGGUAUUGUUUCUCCCAUUGUGUGGAACCUUUAAACACUUAGGGGAAAUCUGGAUUUUCUUUUUUUACAGUGUUAUGUGGAAAGACUGGCUUUCCAGCUGUUGUCAGAUGAUGCUAGGUCCCUUUACCUUUUGGUCCCGGGAAAAAGGGGUCAGAAUGGAAGUCAAGUUGUAAUGGUGACUUGCCCCAGUCGUUUCCAGUUUGGAGCAUUCCUCCUUACACUCUCUCUAAUCCUAGAGCAAGUCUUGGCAAAGCAGUUCUCCAAAUAUGGUUGCCCUCCCUAGCAAUUGGCAAAGAAAGCUGGGAAUUUGAGGCUAAACAACGUCUGAACGGCUCUGGUUUGACCACAUGUGCAGGAAUGGCAUCUUUGCUGCAAUAAUGAUGCAGAAGUGAGCCCAAUUAUAUUCCUGUUUCCUUUCUUUUCCCCAUUCUGGCUGUAUUUGUUUCCCUCCCCAUCUUCCUCUAAUUGAUUAUUGAUCAGGACCAAGUCAAAUUGGGAAUGAUCAGUAUUGGGAUCCAAUAAUGCUGGAGCAAAGAAGAAACCCACAUUAUUUGGAGGGGAAUUACAGCUCCCAGGCUCAUCCGGUGGCCAUGUUUACAAGGGGAGGAUGGGAGUGUGUCAUUUUGCCAAGUUGGGGUUAGAAUGAGAAAACAAACAAGCUUCGAGUUUAGAUGAACAUCAGUUCUCUCUAUUAUCGAAGGCUUUCGUGGCCGGAAUCACUGGGUUGUUAUAAGUUUUCAGGCUAUAUGACCAUGUUCCAGAAGCAUUCUCUCCUGAUGUUUCGCCUGCAUCUAUGGCAGGCAUCCUCAGAGGUUGUGAGGUCUGUUGGAAACUAGGCAAGUGGGGCUGAUAUAUCUGUGGAAUAAUGUCCAGGGUGGGAGAAAGUACUCUUGUCUGUUGGAGGCAAGUGGGAAUGUUUGGUUAGCAUUGAAUGGCUUUGCAACUUCAAAGCCUGGCUGAUUCCUGCCUGGGGGAAUCCUUUGUUGGGAGGUGUUAGCUGACCCUGAUUGUUUCAUGGUCAGGAACUUCCCUGUUUUUGAGUGUUAUUCUUUAUUUACAGUUAUGAUUUUAGAGUUUCUUAAUACUGGUAGCCAGAAAAAAACUGCAAGGCUAAUCAAUGCUAAUCAAGGUGGACAAUUGCAACAUUCACACCUACAUCAAACAGACAAGAGUCUGGGCACCCUGGACAUUCCACAGAUAUAUAAACCCCAUUUUUCUCGUUUCCAACACACCUCACAACCUCUGAGGAUGCUUGCCAUAGAUGCAGGGGAAAUGUCAGGAGAGAAUGCUUCUGGAACUUGGCCAGACAGCCUGAAAAACUUAGAACAACCCAUCAGUUCUCUAGUUUCUCGCAGGAAAAGCCAGAUAAGUGAUGGGAGGAUUCUCUAAUAGGGAAUGUGCCCAAUUUCCAUCUUAAAAGGCCUCGAGUCUUGUUUUAAUUAACAGCAUUAAUGCCUGAAAGAAACCACCUUCCCUGAGUAACACCAUGAUCUAUUUAUUAGUGUAGGAUUGAACUGCGGAACAUCUGACAGAAUGAAAUGAUUAAAAAGGAUUUUCCAAACACAAA